CCAGCCACACAAUAUCACUGUCUGCUGAUCUCCCCAACAUGAAGGUUGUACUGGUUGUGUUGUGUGUGGGCGUGUGGUCCCAGGCGUUGGCACAAGACGCCUCCUACAUGUUAGACUCACGAGGGGUGCAGCUGGAACAAGGCCUCACACCUCCUCAGGAGCUCCUUGACAACCACCAGGUCUUAUCCGAGGCCUUCAAGCACCGUUCUGAGGAGUUGGCCAGAACCUACAGCAACGACCAAGUCGCCUACAACGACCCCGACCCAGAGUACAUGUGGGCCUACGAGGUAGACGCCAAGUCGACAGGGGACAAAAAGUCUGCCCGGGAGGAGCGUCGAGGAGACGUAGUGGUGGGCCAGUACAGCGUCAUGGACCCUGAUGGUUCUUUCCGCAUCGUCGACUACUCUGUAGCUCCCGACACUGGCUUCCGGGCGACUGUUACCAAGCAUUCCACCCAUGAAGACUUCCAGAGCCAAAGCCACCAGCAAAGGCGCGACCAGUUCCAGAAUCAACAGAACCGCCGCAACCAGUUCCAGAACCAACUGUCUACCCGCGACCAGUUCCAAAGCCAACUGUCUACCCGCGACCAGUUGCAGAACCACCAGAACCGCCGCAAGCAGCUCCAGAACCAACUUUCUACUCGCAACCAGUUCCAGAGCCAGCAGAGCCGCCUCAACCAGUUCCAGAACCAGCAGAAUGACCGCCGUGGAUUCCAGAGUCAGGAAGAUAACCGCAACGAGUUCCAGAACCAGCAGAACCUCUUCAACCAGUUCCAAAACCAGCAGAAUGUCCUCCGUGAAUUCCAGAGUCAGGAAGAUAACCGCAACGAGUUCCAGAACCAACAAAUUGACCACAACCAGUUUCAGGACCGACAAAGCCUCAGAAAUCUGUUCCAACGGGAUCAGUCACAGCUAAGUACGGCUGCUGGGUCUGGUGUGAUCCUGAAGAGCUCUGUUGACAACACUGACAGGCUCACCCAGGUCCGUGGUAGUAUGUACAGCAGCAACCGCAACCAAUUCAACCAGGAGCGCAACCAGAUCAACCAGGCCCGCAACCAGUUCAACCAGGACCGCAACCAGUUCAACCAGGACCGAAACCAGGUCAACCAAGACCGCAACCAGUUUACCCAGAACCACAACCAGUUCACCCGUGGCUCUGCUGACGACUUCGAACGUAACACCAACACCAACCAGUACAACCGCCAGCAAGGUCGUCAGUUCCAGAAUUUCCAGACCACUAAAGGCCGUCUCGACAACGUCCAGUUCACCACUCAACAACAACAACAACGACAGCAGCAGGUCAACCCCCAGAGCUUCUAUCCCAUCAGCGUAGUUCUUGCCAGGAAAUAAAGUGAAUGAAUGAUAAUCCUGACCGAACUAAAUGUCGACUUAAGAGUAAAUGAACUCAUCAUCCCACCAACUAAAGGUGACUCCUGCCAGUUUCUCUUGAAGGCGAGGCCAACUGCAAGGGCCAGCCAUGAAUUUGAACACCACCAUCUCCUUCAUCACUCUCUCCAUCCACUAUACACUCGACUCUUCAGAAAUAUUAGACGUUUGUAUUUCCUGACCUAUACGAGUAUAUACCGACUCAAUGACUGUCAAUACUUGCCUCUACCCUACAAAUGGUAACUGGCUCUCUGGCGUCACUGAUAGUAUCUGUUUGUUUUCUGUGAAAUAAAUAAAUGUGUUUGAAUAAUC